AUGUCUGUGGCAGCCUGUGUCAAUGCUCUCUUCUGGGCUAUCAUGCCCGUCUUUGGCUGGGCUAAUUACGACGAGAUUGGCACGAGCGGCUGCUCCGUGGAUUGGAGAAGGGGUGACGCCUCCUACAUCUCCUAUCUCUUCAUCCUUUUCACGUUUUGCUUCGUGCUCCCGGUUGUCACGAUGGUGCUGUGUUUCGGCCGUACACACGCAGUGAUCGUCAAGCGACAGCAAGUACACGACGCAACCAAUCUCAGCGAUCUUAGCCCUGUCAACGCAGACUGGGCCAGUCAGAAGCAGGUCACACAGUUGGGCGUUGCUCUCAUCAUCAUCUUCCUCCUAACCUGGUCUCCUUUUGCUAUUAUCUGCCUUUGGGGGGCGCUGGGCAACCCUUCCGACGUCCCCAUCUGGUUGGCCACCUUGGCGCCCUUCGCGGCCAAGUGUUCCCCGGUCCUGAACCCACUUAUGUUCCUCGUCUUCAUCAAGAAGUUCCGCGAGUACGCCCAGGUGGUUCUCUGCUGCCGGACGCACGUGGAGACCAUCGAGUUGACGCCCUCAACAGCCCAAGACACGCCAACUGAGGGUGAAUUGUGA